AUGGAUACUGAAUUAACACGUACUGAUAUCAUCAAAUGUGUACAAUCUGAAAAACUUAGGUUAAGAGGAGUAAAUCCCUCUAGCCUCGAUUUUUCCAAACUGGAUGUUGAUGCUGAAAAUAGAGUUUUUCACAAUGCAACAUUGCCUACCAAUAUUCCUGGCAAACGACCAUCGCCGGUGCCGGUGCCGGUGUCGGUGCGGGCUCCUUUCUCCGAUCAGAACCCACAGCUUGCACCAUCUGUAUGGAUGAAUUCUUUAAAGGCGACAACAUUAUACGACUCCCUUGCCACCACUACUUCCACCGUCGAUGUAUCCGCAAGUAGCUUUCGCUCAAGAAAAACUGCCCGAUCUGCCGCCGUACAAUUGCAAUUCCGGCAGCUCCACUUCCGUUGA